AGCGGUCUUUCCCUCAGUCUAAAACCUCAUUCUUCACUGAGUAAAAUCACCGGCGAUCUGCAGAACGGAACUCCGGCGACCUUCCGUAGACUUCUCAUCCGUGGUGAUCUUCCUGUUUCUAUUUCUCCUUUAUCCCUUUUAUACAUUUAUAUAACGUAAAACGAAACACACACAGCUGCGUAUAGGUGUUUUGUGUGUUGUAUUGUAAUAUAGAGGUGGCGGCGGUGGGUAGAUUGGAUGGAUAUGGCGGAGUCAUUAUCGGCGCCGUUAAAGGACAACAAGCUGUUCAAAGGAGUUUUUGCUGUGGGCGGAAUCAUGUCUACUCUCGUCAUCUACGGAAUAUUACAGGAAAAGAUCAUGAGAGUUCCUUAUGGACCAAACAAAGACUAUUUUAUAUACUCAUUAUUUCUUGUCUUCUGCAAUCGGAUUACCACCUCUGCCGUCUCUGCUGGAGUUCUACUGGCAAGUAAGAAGGCAUUGGACCCUGUAGCUCCACUCCAUAAGUAUUGUCUUGUUUCUGUGUCUAACAUCCUUACAACAACUUGUCAGUAUGAGGCUCUCAAAUAUGUCAGCUUUCCUGUUCAAACCCUGGCAAAAUGUGCCAAGAUGAUACCUGUAAUGAUCUGGGGCACUAUCAUCAUGCAAAAGAAGUACAAAGGACAGGACUAUUUCGUGGCAUUCCUAGUCACACUUGGCUGUUCAUUAUUUAUUCUAUAUCCGGCAGAAGGGGACACUAGCCCAUACAGUAGAGAAAGGGAGAGCACCAUUUGGGGAGUUUCUCUUAUGAUGGGCUAUCUUGGGUUUGAUGGAUUUACGAGCACAUUCCAGGAUAAACUUUUUAAAGGCUAUGAUAUGGAAAUACACACGCAGAUAUUCUACACAACCGUCUGUUCUUGUCUUCUUAGUUUCACUGGUAUGAUUAUGCAAGGCAAUCUUCUCAUGGCAAUUGAUUUCAUAUCUCGCCAUCAUGAUUGUUUCUUUGACAUUGCUCUGCUUUCGACUGUAGCAACAGCUAGUCAAUUCUUCAUUUCGUACACAAUCCGCACAUUUGGUGCUCUAACCUUUGCAACCAUAAUGACCACAAGACAGUUGUUGAGCAUUUUGCUGUCAUGCUUGUGGUUUGGCCAUCCCCUCAGCUGGGAGCAAUGCAUUGGAGCUGUCAUUGUGUUUGGGGCCCUUUAUGCAAGAAGCUUCUUAAAUAAUACUCAAAUGAAACCACCGCUAAGUUUGGAGAAGACAGAAAAUAGAGCUUCAAGUCCACCAAAAGGAAAUCCAUAGCUAGACCUUGAAAGAUUCCGAUGUUUGCAGUAUAACUGAUUUGACUAAAGGUGGAAUAGAUAGGACUUCUAUGGUAGGGUCUUUAGUAACUUGAAUCCAAUAUUUGAAACACAUUUUAACAACCUGCCUCAGGUAUUCACUAUUGUUGAAAUAGACACCCAUAAGCUAUAGAAGUUGUGAGUUUUGUCCUUCAAGUUUCUUUGUAUUCUUCCCCGUUUCUCGGUGCUAUAGGAAGAAUUAGCUUUGAUAGAGUUGUUAACAAACUACAGUUUUAUCUUGGCAGAGCUAAAAUAGAUGUAUUUCAUUGCUUUAUGGAAAAAAGAUGGCAGGUUUUAUAUAAUAUGACUCUUUGAGUGCUGA